AUGGCGACCAUCGAGCUACCGAACCCUCCAACAGAUGUCGUAUCCAGCGUGCGCUUCUCGCCUGACAAUUCCAAGCUCCUCGUUGGCUCAUGGGACCGACAUGUCUACGUUUAUAGCCGCACCCAGGACGCCGCACAACUUUGGAGCCUGAGCGAGAAAAUCGAGACUGAUGCGCCUGUCCUCGAUGUCUGCUGGUCGUCUGACGGAGCCAAUGUCUUUGCAGUGGGAAUUUCACAGGAUGUCGUUCAGUACAAUCUGCAUGAUGAAUCGCGCAGCAAGAUCGUCCUGAGUAGUCACAAUAACGCGAGCAAUAAAAUCGCCUACAGUCCACAAUUCGAUAUCCUUAUCUCCACGAGCUGGGACGGUACUUUGCAUGUUCACGAACCGAAGAGCAGACGCCAUGUGAGUAUCUCGCUACCGGCAAAACCAUUCGCACUUUCUCUCUCCAGCAAUCGUGCUGUUGUAGCCAUGGCGGAGCGAAAGGUUUGGGUGUACGAUUUGAGCGCGCUGAAGACGCUGGUGGAGCAAGGAGGCGACACUGUGCAGACUCAACAGCCCAUGUCUGUUGAACCUUGGCAACAACGAGAAAGUAGUCUGAAAUUUAUGACUCGCGCUAUCGCGUGCAUGCCCGAUGCGACUGGUUUCGCGACCAGCAGUAUCGAGGGAAGAGUCGGAGUGGAAUGGUUCGAUCCCGAGCUCGAGAAGGAUACCUACGCAUUCAAGUGUCACCGGGACAAGCAGACGCUUUCAACCGGUGAGGGGGAGCAAGAGGAGGUAGAUGUCGUAUAUCCCGUCAAUGCGCUGGCGUUUCACCCAACUUACGGAACAUUCGCAACUGGCGGAGGCGAAGGAUCUAUCGUAAUCUGGGAUCCCAAAACAAAGCGGCGACUAAAGCAGCUCCCACCAUUGGCGUCAAGUAUCGCAGCGAUGGAGUUCAGCUCAGAUGGAUCCCUCCUAGCUGUGGGAAUCAGUCCUGGAUUUGAAGAUGGCAAAGAGAGCGACGAGCCGAUCCCCGAACUCAUCAAGGUCAUUGUCAGAGAGAUCAGUGCCACCGAGGUCAAAGGCAAGCCUGCCAAGGAGAAGUGA